CCCACCUCUCGCCUGUCAGAUAGUAUUGAGGGAUCUUAACUCCACGCCCUCUGUAUUGACGCACAGAGCCGGAAUAUGAAGCAUGGCUGGUGAAGGCGAAAAGAAACCUGUGCUGGAGAUGGUCCAGGCUGAUGGGGCUGAUGAGGGCUGUGUGACAUUUGUGCUACAUGAUGAAGAUCAUACACUUGGAAACUCCCUCAGAUACAUGAUCAUGAAGACUGUAGAUGUGGAUUUCUGUGGCUACACCAUCACCCAUCCAUCUGAGAGCAAGAUCAACUUUCGCAUUCAGACACGAGGGGGGGUUCCAGCCACAGAGCCACUGCGGAGGGGCCUGAAGGAUCUCACUGAAGUUUCUCAACAUGUUCUCAACACAUUUCAGGCACGAGUUAACGAGUUCAAGAAAAGGCAGGAGGACCCCAUGGAAUAAGUAGCAUCACAUAUGGAGGGCUAUUAAGCUGUCAGACAGUUUUUGACAAACAAACCUUAAAAAACGUGUUCUGUGCAUAAAGUCCUUUGAUGAUGUCACAUUCAAACAGUUGUACAGUUUUGUUUUUGUAUUAUGUUGGGAUUGAUGUAUCAUAAAUGUUUGAUGCAUUUGUUUCAGUCCUGUGUCAAUCAAUCUUAGUUUUUUGAAGGGAUUAGCGAAUAAAAAGACAUAUAACCGA